GGUACAAUUUGUGUAAGUGCAAGAGUCGACGUUGAGAAUAGCCGAACCGGCAAUGUCGUCUGUCAGGCGUGAAGCAUUGCACCAACUAAGCAACCACGCCGUCAUCGGCGUCAACUGGAGACCGAUGCGUCUCGUCGAAGAAGUGCCGCCCGAGCACGUCUGCAAACACUGUCACGUGAUUCCGCAGAGAACAGUGCUGCUUCCCUGCAAGCACGCCUUCUGCGGACUCUGCUGCGAGGCGAACUCGUCAGCGAGACGGAGCGUCUGCCCCAUCGACCAGCAGUCCUGCGGGAAAGACGAACUCCAGACGAUAGUGCUUCCAGCUAGAAUAGCGAACAGCUUGAAGGCUCACUGCUGGAAUGAAAGCAAAGGUUGCGAGUUUGUGGGCGCCAUGGACGCUCUCCUGCACCACUACGAAGAAGAAUGCGAGUUCCGCUUCCUUCAGUGUGCAGUAACCGGAGAGACCGUCCUGCACAAAGACCUACCGGCCCACUGCAAAGCUGGGUGCGUCGGUUCUGGUGCAGAAGCAUAUUACGCGUGCUCGAACCAAACGAUCGCUCAAGACACCGUGCCCUCAGCCGAAGACAUCAAAGACACCGUGGAGAAACAAAAGAAGCAAUUCGAAUACUUCCGCGAACGUCUCUCCAAAAACCAAGAUCGGAUAAACAACCUCGGCGAAACGUUGGCGACGCAAGGGCGCAAGUUGCAAGAACUGGAACUCCAGCGAGCAGACGGCGGGCGCCAACCGAAGGGCGGCUUCUCCCGCGCGGUCCGAAACGUUGUGCGGCGAAGCUUCCGCGAAGUGCGCCGCGCCGUUUCAAGUCGGCAGCAGCCGCCGAGAGAGAAUGCCGAAUCGGUCGAGCAUCUCGUCGACACAGUCGCUAUCGAAGGCAAAGCGUGUUCGUGGGAGUACGAAGGUUUAUUCAAAGAUGAUGGGGAGUUGCCGCAGAGGAAACCACUCGAGUGAAAGCCCUUCCGGCGCAAGUGCACAAUCCUAAGGCGGCCAGAGUGGCACAACACGUCACGGAGAAUCAAGUUACCGAUUUCAUUUGCAAUUACCCCAUUCGAAAAUCUCAAUGAUCACAGUUAACGAUUACUUCCUCACGAAAGUAACUGAGCAAUUACUAAAAAAAAAGAAGGUAAUCGUUUGCGUUUGCAUUACUUUCCUGCCAGAGUGAGUCCCAAACACAGUAAAUAAGUUGAACUGCCAGGGCUCUCUGAGUGCGUCCUCGGCAUCCAAUCACAUGCUGUCUGUGUUUGCCUAAAAUUUCUUUUAAAAUUUUUUUCUUGGUCAUCUCCUAUCGUUUUAUUAGGAAAGCAUCCGCAGUAACAUUGAAAACCUGCUCGAUUUGUGCGCUACAGAGAAGGGCUGUGUUUUAACGUACCAACAACCUGCGCGAAAGAUUGCCUUUAGUCAAUACCGCGAUGCUUUCGGACGGGUCCCUUACCAAGCGCAGCUCUUCAGUGUUUCUCGGACUCUGAACAGGUUCUCCUGCUAGGGCCGAUACAACGCGGCAGAAAUCG